AUGAGGGUGAAUGUUGGAGAGUUGUUGGAGAUUAGUUGUUGGUCCCCCUACUACGCCGCCUCCCUGUACCCCGGGUCCGGCUCCUCCAGCGACGCCUCUGCCCCCAGCGUGCCCGUGGGCGUGGACGCGGGCGUGAGUCUGGCCCUCGCCUCCCUCAUGCCGCCCACGCUGCCCCUCCUCCCGCCCGCCGCCGCCGCUGCCGCCGCCGCCGCUGCCGCCCUCAUGCCGUACCACCCGCACGUUUCGGUGUCCCAGGCCACCUCCUCGGGCAUGAGCGUAAGUUCUCACAUGGCCGCCCUGUCCGCCCGCACGCAGCCGCCGCCUCACGCCGCCCGCCACUUGCACUGCGGCCCCGCCCACUCCCCGCCCGCCGCCCGACCCCGAGUCGCCCGCACCUCCGCCUUCACCGUCGAGGAGCUGCUCAAGGACAGGCGCUCGCCCUCGGCUGACGUGUCCGCGCGCCCGCACUUCCCCGUCAUCGUGUCGAGUCUCUACGGCGCCCGCGCUCCGCCCUCGCCGCCGUCGGGGGACGAGCAGAGCCCCCAGCGGCCGCCCUCCGCCACGCCCGCGCGCGCCGCCCCUCCGUCCCUCCCGCCCUCGCCGCGCGCCGCCCUUGCCACCUCGACCACGCCGCCCUCCGCCAGCCCGCGACGCCCAGACCGGCCGCCCGCGUCCCCCGGCGCGCUCAGGGGCCUCGAUGGCCUCCUGCGCCGCCCCGCCGCCCACGCGCCGCCCAGGUCCCCCCCCCUCGCCCGCCUCGCCCGCACCCCCCUCGCCCGCCCGCCGCGACGACCGCCUCCCCUCCCCCCUUUCGAGACGACCGCUGUCCAAGUCGUCUUUCCUCCCCGUGGGGUCGUCGUCGCUGGGCGCGCGUCCCUCGGCUUCCUCGCCCCCAGCGCCCGCGCCGUCGGCCCCCGCCGGAUCGCCCCGCCCUCCGGCCUCCCCCACGCUCCCCUCGUCUCCCCCUCCCCACCCUUCCUCCCCCGCGGCUUCGGCCUCGAGUCUACCUCCGCCCACCUCUCAAGCCCCCACGCCCACGGCCACGCCCACUCCCACACCCACGCCCACACUCACCGAGUAUUCGCGGCCUCCGCUCUCCGUCCCCAUCAGCAGAAAUUGCUGGACGAAUGUUUCACAAAUGAAAUUGCUGUAUUUAGAGAAAUAAAAACACAGUACCACUAUGGUACUGGAGUUUUAGUUACAGAAACAUUUUAUGAACAGCUCAUCCAAAGGCAUUCCAGAACAAAUGUUAGAAAAUACAACUACAAGCAAAUCUCUCAGAUGGAUAAAAAAGAAAUAAGGAACCAAAUUCAGUUUUAG